UCCCGCCGCAUCACGAACGGGAAAAUCAUGUUUUCGUGCCACUUUCCAUUGUGCGUCUGCACAUAUGCUAUCAAUCUACUCAUCCACGUGGUUCGGCGCACUCCAACGACAUAAGGUUGUGUCCACGGGUCGAUCUUAACCCUCCAUUGGGCUGAGUCUGCCUCGACCGCGGCACGGCAGCGCUGCCCUUUCGACCCAUCUGUACAGAAAUCCGACAAAGUCAAAGUGAUGCAGGGCGGGUUUGGAAGCUUGUAGUGCUUGUUGCACGACUGGACUUGAAAGCACACGCCCUUUCCGAUAUCUAUGGCGGACGGAUCCCCUCUCACGCGCGUGGUGGCUUGAUCUCGUACUGGCUCCUCGCCUUCCUCCCAAGCCUUUCGCAUUCGCUACCGACCCAAUCUCGGAUGCUCGAUUUCGACAUAGCAUUCUCGACAUGGCUGUUGGCCACGCACCGGGCAGCGCUGUCGUCGGCGUAACCGUUGCCUUUACUAUCCUCGCUUUCAUCACCACAGCUUUCCGGCUGUUCACCCGAAUAGCAAUCGUCAAGCAACCGGGCAUCGAUGACUUUAUCAUCACCAUAGCACUGAUCUUCACCAUCGCCCUCACAGCAUGUAUGGUACUACAAGUCAAGUACGGCAUGGGCAGGCAUGCAGCUUCAUUGUCGCCCAACGAUAACAAGUACUCCUUGAUCUGGUUUUGGGCCUCCGUAUGGAUCUAUUAUCCUGCCCUCAUGUUCGCAAAGCUAUCGAUCUUAUUCCAAUAUCUUCGAAUCUUCCCAGACAGGCGAUUCCGCAGGUGGUGCUGGAUAUUAAUGGCCGUCAUUGUCGCCUGGACUGGGUGGGCAUUCUUUUCUGCUCUAUUCGCUUGCUGGCCUAUACAACAUUUCUGGGACGACUCUAUACCAGGCGCAUGUCUAAAUCGCUUGGCAGUAUGGUUCUCCAAUGCAGCCAUGAACAUUGUCACCGAUAUCGCAACCACCGUCCUCCCUUUGCCAGUCCUCAAAUCUCUCAACCUUCCCAAACGCCAACGCUACAUCCUCAUGGUCGUCUUCGGCAUGGGCGGCGUCGUCUGCAUCAUAUCCAUAAUGCGCCUCAGCGCUCUCUACGCCAUCUCCGUCAGCAACGAUGUCAGCUGGGACAACCCUCUUGCCGCAAUUUGGUCCUCUCUCGAGGUCAACGUUGGUAUCGUCUGCUCCUGCAUUCCAACCCUGAAAGGUUGCAUCACGCGGUACUUUCCCCGACUCUUCUCUUCCGUCCACGGCGGCAGCAGGCCCUCAGGCGCGGAUUUCGCUGGCCUGGAACUCAGCGGUCGCGGAAGAAAACAUCAUGCCGAAUGCCAUAUUUCCGCCAACCAUGAUGUUCACCGCAACAAUCGAGAUAUCGAAAAAUCUUCCACAGGCUCCUCAUCUGCUGCCGGGAGCGGCGGCGUUGGAGGAAAAAUGAAAAGAAUGGCCUCGAAGCUAGGGAGAGGGAGUAAUAAAAGUGAGAAGGAUAUCAUCGAACAUCACAGUUCUUCGACAGAGGAUGAAGACAGCCUUCGCGGAAGGCUCACACCUCCGGACGGGAGGGGAGGACACCACCAUCAUCCACAUCCUCAGCAUGGCAUACACGUCACGACGAUUGUGGAGCAGGAAGAGGAGAGAGACUCGACGAGUUAUUCGAGGAGGAAAUUGGAGGAGACGGAGAGUGUGAGGGGUUUGGUGAGUGAGAGGCAGCAGUUGGGAUAUUAUACUGCGCCCUGAAUUUGAAAGGAACUGGGAAAGUUUGGGGAUUGGUGUUUUAUGGAGUAGUUGACCGUCUAUUGUGAUACCAGGUGGUUUGGUUGAUUGCUUAUGUUGGAAACGGCGGGCAAAAGAAGUGGACGCAACAGGACCACAUGUCGAUGAGGCAGGUUGUAUUAUUAUCCAGAGCGCAGGCAAGCGACCCGAAAUAAGAACUCGUGAUUGACACACA